AUGGUAUCACUGUCAUUAGAGGACUCGCAUGGGUCUAGAACAUCAACCGAGAGUCUGGCACAAGUGGAGUUGCAUGAACCUUUCUCUUCUCUCGACCCUACUUCAAAUGUGCUCCCUCCUAUCACUUCUCCGAAAUAUACCGAGUAUGACCAUUUGGCAGUUCAAUCAAAAACAAAUAAAGUAGAUCCCCAAGUCUGGAAUAUUCUUCCUCUGUAUCACAUGUAUACAUCUACGGUUUCAAAGAGUCUUCUGGUCUCUCAAGAUGACCAAGCUUUUGUACCGCCUACUUACGAUGACUCGGCGACUUUGUAUUCUAAUAUGUCCGGGGGGCGUGCUUCUGGGAUUUUUUCUAUUUCUGGUACCGUAAAUACUUCUGGUGAUGAUAACUCUCCCACUGAAGCGCCUGAAAAUCCCAAUUUGAUUAUUGCAGAUGAAAGUUCUAACCAAUGGCAAAAUACGAUUCUCGAUAAUUUGCACACUCUCAAUAACUUGUCACAUUCUGAUAAUGAGUAUGCUGAUGCUUUAAAAAUUGAUGUGUUCUAUACUUCUGAAGUAGGCGAAUUAGGUAAAAAGCCUCAUUUCAUUGACCCACUGAACUACGAAUAUAAGCAAGGGGAUUUGAUAAACGGAUAUAUUUUGGUUGAGAAUAGAUCUGACAAGGUGAUACCGUUUGAUAUGUUUUAUGUUUUAUUCGAGGGGAACUUUAAGAUUACUUCAAAUAUUUUAGGUUCCAACAAGAAAGACACACUUGUGAACAAGAAGUUCUUAGAAAUGUUCGAUUUCAGUGCUUCAUGGAAUUAUGGUAAUAUCAAUCGUCUUGUAUCGGACUAUUCGAAUCCUUAUACUUCCUUGGCAGUUAUUGAUCCUCUUGAUGACACACAUUUAUCAUUCGGUCAAGAAAGAGUAGUGAAACCAUUUGUGAAGCAUAAACGUUUCUUCACUUUUAGAAUCCCUGAUAAGUUAUUGGAUUCCUCGUGUGGAAAUAAUUUAUCAAGUCACACACAAAUCCCACCUAGUAUUGGUCUUUCUCCAGAAGAACAAUGGGCAAGACUACAAAACCCAAAUUUCAAGAGAAGUACAGCGAAUGCAAAUGAUGGUAAAUUCAAAGAUUUCUCAUUUAUGGAUACAUGCAUAAGUUACAGUGUAAGUGCAAGAUUUAUAGGAAAGUCUUCUAUGUAUGGUGUUUUACCUAUUCAAAAGCCAAUUGAGACAACCCUUGUUAACACUACUGGUGAUGAAUUUCUAAUACUUAAAGAUAAUCAACAAGGUAUUCGUAUUAUUCAAGAGACAAGUCAUUUGACUCCCUCAGAAUUGGUGGCAAAGGAAAAGGGUCAUCAGGUUCUUUUUGAUAAUUUACUAUCUCGUAUUGACGAUCAGAUAGCAUGUGUCACAGAAAUCCUAAAUACGAGAGAAUCGAAAAAGGAAGAAAGCUUCCUCAGUUCGAUGGUAUCUCCCACUCGUUCCAGCACUGCUAACACACCGUUGGCUUCUACCAUUGCCAAAGAAAUUGCAAAAUGCCGGCAGAUGUAUAAACCCAAAAGUUUAAGAUCAAAAUCCAAAGCUUCAUAUGGAUCUGGUGAACUGGAAGAACAAGAGUAUAUUAAAGUCUUCCACCCAAUUGAAAAAAAAUCGAUAACCGGAAUGACUAAGUUAUUGGGAACAAUAGCUCUCUCUACACCUAAAACGCAUUAUAAAAUCGGGUAUAUUCCGCCUCCACAAUUCCGGACGGAAGAAUUAGAAACCGGUAUUUGGAACUUGGAAAUUCCUAUUGAUAUGCAAUUUGUCCCAGCACUGGUUGUUCAUAGCGCAGGAAAGCAUGUGAUUCCACCAGAAGCAACGUCAAUCAAGGCAGAUAUGGUUGCUUUUACAAUCAGGUCAAAUGGUGGUAGCAUUCCGAUCGAGUUUAAUCACGAUAUGUUAUUCCAAAACAAUCUGCAAUAUGUAAAUAAGCUGAAGAUUCAGUAUGAAGCAGACUGUUUUGACAAUAAUAUAAUGCAGCCUAUGAAGACUAGGGCUGAGAAAUUGAAAAAGCUUUCGUUGGCUUUAGGGUCUGAUGUAUUCAGAAUGGAUGCAAAUCUAGCUGAGGAUUUAAAGAAUAUGUGUAAGUUACAUACUAAAUAUAUCAAGUUCAAUAUUGAUGGAGUUAAAGUCAAAUUUGAUCAACAUGGACCUGGUAUAACUACAUCUUUAAAACAAGUUCCAUGGGAAGCUAAUAAGGGCAGUGAAGGUGAUCCUUCUCCAAGUUUUACAAAGAAAUUCACAGUGUCACUUGAUUUAUCUACAAUUCGAAUGAUGUCUGAGAAGAAGGUGUCAAAUUCCAAAGCAUAUGAUAACUUUAAUUUAGUCCCAGACUUUCAAAUGUGCCAGAUGUCACGCUUUUACUAUUUGAAGUUGACUAUUGCCUUUCAAAAAGGUGAAGAAAUUAUUGUUAGUGUUCCACUUGAAGUUCAGAAGUUGCAAUAA